AUGGGGCUUCAGCAACUACCCCGACCUCGCGUUUGCUCCCAGAAUCCACAGGGAGAGGCCAGGCCGCGUGGGGCACAGGCAUGCCAGUGCUGUCGGAGGACUCAGGUCUGCACGAAACCCUGGCCCUGCUGACCUCCCAGCUGAGACCCGACUCCAACCACAAGGAGGAGAUGGGCUUCUUGAGGGGCGUGUUCAGUGAGAAGAGCCUUGGUUACCUCGUGAAGAUUCACGAGAAGCUUCGCUAUUACGAAAGACAGAGUCCAACCCCAGUACUGCACAGUGCCGUGGCCCUGGCUGAGGACGUGAUGGAGGAGCUGCAGGCUGCGUCCGUGCAUGGUGACGAGAGGGAGCUUCUCCAGCUGCUGUCCACCCCCCACCUCAGGGCUGUGCUUAUGGUACACGACACGGUUGCCCAGAAGAAUUUCGACCCUGUCCUCCCCCCUCUGCCUGAUAACAUUGACGAGGAUUUUGAUGAGGAAUCUGUGAAGAUUGUCCGCUUGGUGAAGAACAAGGAACCCCUGGGGGCUACCAUCCGGAGGGACGAACACUCGGGGGCCGUCGUCGUGGCCAGGAUCAUGCGAGGGGGCGCUGCAGAUCGCAGCGGCCUGGUCCACGUUGGUGACGAGCUCCGGGAAGUGAACGGGAUUGCUGUCCUGCACAAGCGGCCAGACGAGAUCAGCCAGAUCCUGGCCCAGUCCCAGGGGUCCAUCACUCUCAAGAUCAUCCCUGCCACCCAGGAGGAGGAUCGCUUCAAGGAGAGCAAGGUGUUCAUGCGGGCCCUCUUCCACUACAACCCGCGGGAGGACCGAGCCAUCCCCUGCCAGGAGGCAGGCCUGCCCUUCCAGCGCAGACAGAUCCUGGAGGUGGUGAGCCAGGAUGACCCCACGUGGUGGCAGGCCAAGCGAGUCGGGGACACCAACCUUCGAGCCGGCCUUAUCCCCUCCAAGCGGUUCCAGGAGAGACGACUGAGCUACCGGAGAGCCACAGGCACCCUGCCGAGCCCCCAGAGCCUCAAGAAGCCCCCCUAUGAUCAGCCUUGUGACGAAGAGCCCUGUGACUGUGAGGGGCACCUCAAAGGACACUAUGUGGCUGGUCUCCGGAGGAGCUUCCGGCUGGGCUGUCGGGAGAGGCUGGGCGGCUUGCAGGAAGGGAAGACGUCCUCAGCGGCAGAGGCCCCCGAGCUGCUGACCUACGAGGAGGUGGCCCGGCACCAACACCAGCCUGGAGAACGGCCCCGCCUGGUGGUUCUGAUCGGGUCUCUGGGAGCCCGACUGCUCGAGCUGAAGCAGAAGGUGGUGGCCGAGAACCCACAGCACUUUGGCGUUGCCGUUCCACACACCACCAGACCCCGGAAGAGCCAUGAGAAAGAAGGAGUGGAAUAUCACUUUGUCACCAGGCCAGCGUUUGAGGCCGACUUACAUCACAACAAGUUCCUGGAGCAUGGGGAAUAUAAGGAGAACCUCUACGGAACCAGCCUGGAGGCCAUUCAGGCUGUUCUGGCCAAGAACAAAGUUUGCUUGGUGGAUGUGGAGCCGGAAGCACUGAAACAACUGAGGACCUCAGAGUUCAAGCCCUAUGUUAUAUUUGUAAAGCCUGCAAUUCAGGAAAAAAGGAAGACGCCACCUAUAUCCCCAACUUGUGAGGACACAGCAGCCCCACUUGACGAGGAACAGCAAGAGAUGGCCGCCUCCGCUGCCUUCAUAGACCAGCACUAUGGGCACCUGGUGGACGCUGUGCUGGUGAGAGAGGACCUCGAGGGUGCCUACAGCCAGCUCAGAGUGGUCUUGGAGAAACUGAGCAAGGACCCCCACUGGGUACCUGUGAGUUGGGUCAGGUAACUUCACCCCAGAACAUCUGACUGGACGAGACCCAGAAGACCAUCUCGUCUGGUCUCCCUCAUGUGAUGGUCAAGGAAUCUCAAGUGCAGAGAGAGGCAGAAUUCUCCAGAUUCCACCAUCCGGAAGAGCAUAUGUGGGAAGUCUUGUUUGUGGUUGGUUUCUGUCUGUCGUUUUUCACUGCACCUCUCUGGAGCAUGACUUGAAAGGGGCAUAUCAGAAAACAACGCGUCAUUCAUUAAAGAGUCACAGGCAGGUCGACCCCGAUUCUUUGUACCAAAGUUAAAUAGCCACUGUCUUUUGGGAGGGGUGGUGAUGAUUUGCAGAGGUGUUUAAGCUUUAUAAACACAGUGACACUUCAUGUAUCUAGCUUGUUGGAAGCUAAGUUGUUUUACCCAAGAGGAUAAAACACAAGUUCCUCUGUCUUCAAGCACUAUUUUUUAAAAAUAGUGUUUGCCUGGUAAUAGAAAACCUGGUUCUCUGCCUUUUAAAAUAGUGAGCAUAUGUGAACUUUCCGGAAGGCUGAGGCACACUUCACCAUCAGCAUGAAUUACUGUAUUAUUCUCUAAGACAGUGGUGCCUUCAGGGACUCUUGGGAAGGGAAGGCUACUUUUCUCCUUUCCAGACGCCCUUAGCUUCUUAAAACUGAGCCUUGUUUUGUUGGAUUGGUUCUGAACAGUUGUCCUUCACGGCACUGACCGCUUGCCUGUCCCUACCUUGAGAUUAUUGGGGCUCCUUUUGUGCCAGGUCAUGGGAAACCAGAGGGCUUCCCCUGUCAAAACGAUGUCUAAGCCAUGGUCAAUCAUCUCUGUCAAAAUAAAAGUAUGUAGUCUCAGAGCGUUAGCCU